AUGGCGGACGGAAACCCACCCACUCCCAUCCCUCCUGCUUCAACACAGCAGCAUCCCCAAGCUGUGAAUGCUGUGAAUAAUCAUACGACUAUUAUUUCUCCGGAUACUUCUGUCCAACAUGCUCCCUUGAUGGAGGUCGACAAUUCUCCCGACGACCGUUCGAGGAGGGCUACCAGUGUGCUCUCUAUGGAUGACAUCGAGGCCGCGCAGGCUCUUGAGGGACUUCGUUCUGAAUUCGCCCACUCCCCUCGUUCCCCGCCUCGUCCCACCUCCGACUCCAAACAAGCAGAACCCCUCCUCUCUCUCCUCACCUCCACCCAUCCGCUGAUUUCCUCCGCCAUCACCGGGUCUAUGACCGCCUAUACCACCUCGAAAUCAUACUCACCACGUUUCAAGACUGGCGCUGAAUUCAUCGAGCGGAAUAUCGGGUCGCCCGUCGCUAGUACCGUGGGCACUGUGGGUAGGAAGACAGGUGUUGAAAGCGGUUUGCGCUGGGCGCUGAAGCAUCAGCGGGGGUCUACUGCGAGUCGGUCGAAGCGUCGUAAGGUGAAUAACCAGGAGCGAGAUUUGGAGAAGGGGCGCGACGAGAACCUUGGCGACGUCAGCGACAAAAAGGGCAUCAUGCGCACCGCGUCGGAGGUUUCUCUUCCGGAGACUUUGCCGCCGUAUGAUGAUCAUACUUCGCCGAGCUAUGAUGAAGUUGGCCGAGAGAAGGCCACGGCUACCAGAAACUCCAACUGGCAGAGUCGACUAGUCAUCUCGACUUCUGGGCUUGGUGUCGCGAUGAGUGAGGAAUCGCUGCGGAGCUUGCAGUACUGUCUCACCUGGCUGCGCUGGGCGAAUGGACGAUUGGGUAAAGCCAUUCUGGCUCUGCAGGGUGCAUUGAAGGAGUGGGAUUCUGGUUCUCUUCAGCUGAAUGAGAACUCGGCGGGCAGGAACACGCUGCUAUCGCAGCGCAUUCAAGCCGUCAGGCAGGACGUCCUCCACACCUUGAAACAGGUGGUCAACGUCGUCUCCAAAUAUGCGGGAGGUGCCCUCCCAGAGAACGCGCGGAACCUUGUCCGUAAGCAUCUGACUUCCUUGCCGCAUCGGUUCCAGAUCGCUUCUACUUCGCAGCCCUCGCCCGACUCGCCGGAGUCAUCGUCGGAUGCCACUGUUGGUGCGCAUCGGAUUCUCGUCCUGGCGCAGGAGGGUCUGGACAUGAUGGCACAGGUCAGUGGAGUGGUCAAUGACACUCUAGUGAGCGCGGAACACUGGUGCGAUCGAUUGGGAAGGAAGCGGCCGGAGCGCGGGAGUGAAGAGACUCCUGGCAGUCACCCGGUGGACGUGAAGCAGCCCGUCGCGCAGAGUCCUGAUGUCCAGAUGACAGGUGUUGAGCAGGCUUAG